GGAGGAGGAGGAGGAGGAAGGGGGGGUAGAAGAGCAGGGGGCGCCUCCGAGGAGACCAUGAGGAAAUUUAACAUUAGGAAGGUGCUGGACGGCCUGACGGCGGGCGCGUCGUCGUCGUCUUCUUCGGCUUCCUCCUCCUCGCAACAACAGCAGGCGGCGACCCGGGAAAACGAGAUCCCCGAGACCCUCCAGUCUGAGCAUUUCCAGCUCUGCAAGACUGUACGCCAUGGUUUCCCUUACCAGCCUUCGUCCUUAGCUUUUGAUCCUGUUCAGAAGAUACUGGCCUUUGGGACUCAGACGGGAGCUUUAAGGCUUUUUGGUCGGCCAGGAGUUGAAUGCUACUGCCAGCAUGACAGUGGAGCAGCUGUAAUUCAGCUUCAGUUCCUGAUAAAUGAGGGAGCCCUUGUGAGUGCCUUGGCUGAUGAUACCUUACAUUUAUGGAACUUGCGUCAGAAGAGGCCUGCUAUUCUGCACUCCCUGAAAUUCAACAGAGAACGGAUAACAUUUUGCCAUCUGCCUUUUCAAAGUAAAUGGCUGUAUGUGGGCACUGAAAGAGGAAAUAUUCACAUUGUCAAUGUGGAGUCCUUCACUCUCUCAGGCUAUGUCAUCAUGUGGAAUAAAGCCAUUGAACUGUCAUCCAAGUCUCAUCCAGGACCUGUUGUUCAUAUUAGUGACAAUCCAAUGGAUGAAGGCAAGCUCUUGAUUGGUUUUGAAUCGGGAACAGUAGUAUUAUGGGACCUCAAGUCAAAGAAGGCAGAUUACAGAUACACACAUGAUGAGGCCAUCCAUUCUGCAGCUUGGCAUCACGAAGGAAAGCAAUUUAUUUGUAGCCAUUCGGAUGGCACCUUGAGUAUAUGGAAUGUAAAGAAUCCUACCAAGCCAUUGCAGACAAUCACUCCGCAUGGGAAGCAGGUAAAAGAUGGAAAGAAGCCUGAGCCUUGUAAACCUAUUCUUAAAGUGGAAUAUAAAACUACAAGAGCUGGAGAACCUUUCAUUAUUUUGUCAGGUGGCUUGUCAUAUGACACUGUAGGAAGAAGACCUUGUUUAACAGUCAUGCAUGGAAAGAGUACUGCUGUUUUAGAAAUGGAUUAUUCAAUAGUUGAUUUUCUAACCCUCUGUGAAACUCCAUACCCUAAUGAUUUCCAAGAGCCAUAUGCUGUGGUUGUCCUUCUAGAAAAAGAUUUAGUACUUAUUGAUCUUGCACAAAAUGGAUAUCCUAUAUUUGAGAAUCCCUAUCCCUUGAGUAUUCAUGAAUCUCCAGUCACCUGCUGUGAAUACUUUGCUGAUUGUCCAGUGGAUCUUAUUCCAGCACUUUAUUCAGUUGGGGCUCGACAGAAACGUCAAGGUUAUAGUAAAAAGGAGUGGCCUAUCAAUGGUGGAAACUGGGGUUUGGCUGCACAGAGCUACCCAGAGAUCAUUAUUACUGGGCAUGCGGAUGGGUCAAUCAAGUUUUGGGAUGCUUCUGCAAUAACACUUCAAGUUCUAUACAAGUUAAAAACAUCUAAAGUCUUUGAAAAGUCACGAAAUAAGGAUGACAGACCAAGCACAGACAUCGUAGAUGAAGACCCAUAUGCCAUUCAGAUCAUUUCAUGGUGUGCAGAAAGUAGGAUGCUGUGCAUAGCAGGAGUUUCUGCACAUGUGAUUGUUUACAGAUUCAGUAAACAAGAAAUUACAACAGAAGUUAUUCCAAUGCUUGAAGUACGACUCUUGUAUGAAAUAAACUAUAUAGAAUCUCCAGACCCUGACCAAGUGCCGCCAUUGCCUACUCCAGGCACAGGUCCCAAUCCUCAAUCCAUUGUUCCACAGUCUCACCCAUCCACUAGCAGCAGCUCAUCUGAUGGGCUUCGGGAUAAUGUCCCAUGUUUAAAAGUUAAAAACUCUUCCCUGAAAGAGUCUCCAGGCUAUCAGGUUGAACUGGUUAUCCAAUUAGUGUGGGUGUGUGGAGAACCACCUCAGCAGAUAACUAGCCUGGCGAUCAACUCUGCCUAUGGCUUAGUGGUUUUUGGCAACUGUAAUGGCAUUGCAAUGGUCGAUUACCUACAAAAGACAACGCUGUUGAACCUAGGCACCGUUGAGCUGUAUGGUUCUAAUGAUCCAUAUAGGAGGGAACCUCGAUCUCCACGUAAAAGCAGACAACCGUCAGGAGCUGGUCUUUGCGACAUUAACGAAGGCGCUACAGUUCAAGAAGAUCGUUGCAAGUCACCAACCUCAGGUUCUGGUUCUCCCAUCAAUUCUGAUGAUGAUCAAAAAAUGAAUAAUUUUAUAGAAAAGGUGAAGACCAAAAGCAGAAAGUUUUCCAAGAUGGUAGCCAGUGAUAUAGCAAAAAUGUCUAGAAAAUUAAGCUUACCUACUGAACUGAAGCCUGAGUUAGAUGUAAGAGACAACUCAUUUAGCCGAUCUAGGAGUUCCAGUGUAACCAGCAUUGAUAAGGAAUCUCGAGAAGCAAUUUCAGCUCUUCACUUCUGUGAAACUUUCACGCGGAAAGCUGAUACAGCUCCCUCACCAUGCUUGUGGGUUGGGACCACUUUGGGCACAGUUCUAGUCAUUGCCUUGAAUUUACCCCCUGGAGGCGAGCAAAGAUUAUUACAGCCUGUAAUUGUAUCUCCGAGUGGAACCAUUAUGAGACUUAAAGGAGCAAUCCUGAGAAUGGCUUUUCUGGACACAACAGGAUCGUUAGUUCCACCAGCAUAUGAACCCUGGAGAGAGCCCAAUGUUCUUGAAGACAAGGACGAAAAGGAUAAGUCAAAAAAACGGCGACCUGUCUCAGUGUCUCCGUCAUCCUCUCAGGAAAUCAGUGAAAAUCAAUAUGCAGUGAUAUGUUCUGAAAAGCAAGCAAAAGUUAUUUCACUGCCCUCACAGAACUGUACUUAUAAACAAAAUAUAACAGAGACUUCAUUUGUUCUUCGUGGGGACAUAGUGGCACUGAGCAACAGUAUCUGCCUUGCUUGCUUCUGUGCCAAUGGACACAUAAUGACUUUUAGUUUGCCAAGUUUAAGACCGCUGUUGGAUGUUUAUUACUUGCCACUUACCAACAUGAGAAUAGCCAGAACAUUUUGCUUCACCAACAACGGGCAGGCCUUGUACCUUGUCUCACCUACAGAAAUCCAGAGAAUCACAUACAGUCAAGAAACAUGUGAAAAUCUACAGGAAAUGUUGGGUGAACUCUUCACACCAGUAGAAACACCAGAGGCACCAAAUAGAGGAUUCUUCAAAGGCCUAUUUGGUGGUGGAGCACAGUCACUUGACCGAGAAGAACUUUUUGGCGAAUCAGCUGCAGGGAAGGCAUCAAGGAGCCUUGCUCAGCAUAUUCCAGGCCCCGGUGGCAUUGAAGGGGUCAAAGGAGCAGCAUCUGGAGUUGUUUGUGAAUUAGCACGAGCAAGGAUAGCAUUAGAUGAAAGAGGACAGAAGCUGGGAGAACUGGAAGAGAGAACAGCAGCGAUGUUAGCCAGUGCUGAUUCUUUCUCUAAGCAUGCGCAUGAGAUGAUGUUGAAAUGCAAAGAUAAGAAAUGGUACCAGUUCUGACAACGCAUUUCCAAAUGCUUCUAUAUAACUGUACCUUGAAGAAAAAUCUCCUUUUCAUUCACUUCUGCUGGACCAGCAGAACUGGAAGGGUGUCAGCCAAUGGAUACUGUUGUUUCCUAGCACAAAUUAUACACUGUUUUACCUCAGUCACACAGCUUUAACUGAGGAUCAUUAUACUUAAAGCUGGCACCUGCACAGUCACACAAUAUGGGAGUUCUUAUCUGCAGGCUGACUGGGAGCCUGGGAACCGAGCUGGUAACAAAGAAAAAGUGGUGGACAAAAGGGAAAAUUGGUGUCAGAGGACAAGCAGGGGCAAUGCAGGAUCUAUCCUGUGUUAAUAUUCAUAUGCCAAAAGUUUUUGUGCUAUUGUUGUUGCUGCCAGUGUUUCACCCUCCAAUGGGAGGUUGCAAUAAAUCAGGGGUCCAAGAGCUAGAAUAAAGUUAUUCAUCUUAUGGGACUACCAGUAGCUGAUCUAACCUACCCUCCUUAGAGUACGUCAUUAUAGUUGUUACUGGAAAUGACAUUUCUCUACCACCUUUCUGAUCUGACAAACUGGAAGUGUGUGAGCUCCCUCCAGAAUCUUUACAUAGAAAACAUGCACAUAUCCUUUUCUUGGACCCCUGAUCUAGUAUUCUUGUCUUUGCAUCAUCAUACUCUGUCAAGUGCAAAACAAGAGGAUAAGUUACUUUUGCGUUGUAAAAAAAAUACAAGUGAAUUAUAUGAUUGAACUGCACAUCAUGCUGGAAAUUUCUGUUUGUGUUUAUGGCUGUGUAGUGUGAAAAGUAAGAACUUUUAUUACAAUGAGAAAAAUAUUUGCCAUCUUUCAGCCAGUUAUUUUUAUUUCCCUGCAAAUACAGUUGGGUCAAUUUUCUUAAAAUAUUUUGACUUUAUGACUUUAAUUCAUGUUGUGCAUUUUCUUUUGUGUGUUUACAGAAUGUAUUUGUGCAACCAAUGAAAAUCAGUCAUUUUUAGCUAGUUUAUGAGCCCAGUCAGAACUAAAACACCAUCUGAAAUGGUUUAGAGUUCCAGGAUUGUUGAAUUUUGAUGCAUAUCUUAUAAAUUCUUUAAGAUUAAAAUUACUUCAAGAAAUUUAUCUAAAUGAAUCCAGUUUAAAGAACUGCUACCAAAUCAAAACUCCCAAGGAAGAAAUGGCCAUGGGAAUCCUGAGCACACUUAAUCUGGAAGUAAGUUCUCUUGAUCUGAAUGGAAUUUUCUUCUACUUAAGUGUCCUUAAGUUCAUUACAUGAACCUCAGAAUGAAACUAGUUGGAAUGACUUUUUCCCUAAAACAUAAGAGAAAUUUAACCAGUGUUGAUAUCACUUCAGGAAUUUGUAGAUUGCAACUUCGAUUCUUGUAAGAAAAUGGAUUUAUGAUGUGCCAAAUUUAAGCAGUAUAUUUUAACUAAUAAAGGCCAUAAUUCAUAAGAGCAAAUGGAUUUAUUUUUUAAAAAUUAGGAAAAAUGCAUAAUAAAGAUCCUUAUUAAUAUAUAUGAAAUGGAAAUAGUGACUAAUUUGUCAUCAUUCACAAACAGCCUUAAUUAGUGUAGGGGUUUAUUGGCAAGCAAGUAUCAGUGCAUAUUCGGAGGUUUGAGGGAACUUUUUCUUCAACUUUGAUUGUGUUGUAUGCACACAUGGAGUGAACACAGCCUACAGUUUGAUACAAAAUAUUGGUGGGUAAAAUCAUCAUCUUAAUGCUCCUCCAAAUAAUUUUAUUUGACCAUAGCUCUGUGUGUGGAUGUGAGUGUGUGUGUGUGAUUCAGUAAAGGUUGAAAAAGUUCCUUGUUGGUCAUGAAUAGUGCAGUCUUUUAAUUUUACUUUUAUGAAAAUGUGUUUAGAGUCUCAUGUAAAUUCCCUUGAAUUGAACUAAGCCCCUGAAAUAUCUUGGAUACAGACAAAUGUUCUUCUGGAACUACAUACUAGUGCAGAAAUGUUUGAACCUGCUUGUCAUUGUGGUUUGUUAGAUUUUGUAACGUUCAAACAGUUAAAUUUAUUAUUAUUUGGCUUUGGUCCCUUUGGUGAGCAGUUCGUAAGUAGAGGCUUUCUCUGGUAGUCACCAUUUACCUUUGGUCCUCACUAUUAAGAAGGUCAUUGUUUCAUCUUCAUUGUGGCUCUUGAGCAUGGUUUUCCAUUUACUCAAGAUAGUGCAAUGGUAAGGCCAAUCCAGUGGUCCUUGUCAGUGGAGACAAAAGUUGACAGCCAUGUUUAAACAUACCAGUUCCAAACUCCGCUGUUGUAGAGAUAUUUACUGAAAAAAUAUUUAGCUGAAAAAAAAAUCUCAGUGGAAGGAAGUUAUUGCAUUCAGUCCUCAAAUUUCAGCAUAAAUGAUUUUAAAUAUAUGCUUACUUCUGUUACUGACCUCCCAUUGGUUUCAUUGUGCUUAACUUUGGAUGGAUUGUGCCCAACAUUUAUAAAAUUUGCAUUUGUACUCAGAAGCACAGUGUUGUAUUUUUUUUAAAAAAAAUGAGGGAUGAGUUUUAAAAAAAACUCAUUACAGUUAUUUUGCCCGCUAUAAACAUUUCUGGAAAAGGUAAAUCCAGUGGUCAAUCAAGAGGCAUCAUGGUUUCCUUCUGUGGGAAAUUCUGGCAGUGAAAGAUGCAAAAUCAUUUUGAAAUGAAAAGUUUUGAAACAAAGUUGCUUAGUCUUGCAACUAUCUCAAGGUCUAUGGCAUGAGAAGAAAAAUAAGAGAGUAAGGAAAUUCAUUGUAAUUUCAUUAUUCAUUAUUGUAACCCAAAGGUGUUGGUGCACAUCUAUUAUAGUUUUUUUAAUGUGGGUAUGUUUUCACAUUUCAAAAAUAUAUGAAAUAAUUUGCCUAUGAAAAUAUUUAAGGGAUUGUUUUUUAGUCAAUUCAUGUACCAUUUGGUCAGUUCUACUUCCUUCAGCAGUAGUGUCAGUUCCAGAGAAGCAAGGUAAAGCAGUACUGAUAGGACUACAAAGUUUCUAUAGACCUUAUAUGUUUGGUAUGGUUUUAUGGAGAAAUUACCACUAUUCUCUUGGAUGGCAUUUUAAUUUGAUUGCUUUGACAGCUAUGUUGAGGAAUAAGUCUGUGUACAGAUUGUAGCUUUUAGAGGGCUGGAUACUGUGCUAUAGAAUGUCAUCAACUGUAGUACAAGUGUAUGUUUCUAAAAACCUCCUGUGGCUUCUGGAGUCUUGCAGGUUUUCUUAGUGCUGUGUGCUGAAUUUUCUCAGGGUUCAAUUUUUGGUGUGAAAUACCAUAAUUCAGGAGAAGGGAAUUUUCUCCAAAGCCCUUUCCCAAUCUUAUCUGUCUGCAGCCCUGAACAGCUGCAACUUUAACUCUUCUUUUCUUUUGGCCUCUUCUGUUCUGGACACUGUGAAAGUAUCUUGAAUCCAAUCAGGUUUGGCUAAAUUGUGGCAUCACUGAAGUGAAAGGAAGCUAUUCGGUGUGAGAAUGUUACCUAUAUGUUUUGAUUAACCUUUGGUUACCUAAUUACUUGUGUUGUGUUUUUUUUAAGAAAAACCUACAACCAGGACUGCAAACAGGCUAAAAAGACACUGGAUAGAGAAGCACUGGGGAAAUUCUAACAUUUGGGAGGAAAUGUGGCAGGGCAGGGAACAACACAUUCAACUGGUUUUGUGACCCACUGUUAUCCAAAAAAAAGGCAACAUAGAAUGGGAUGAUCUUUGUAAACUAAGAUGUUUGCAAAAUAUCCUUUGCCUCAUAUUCUAUUUCUCCUGUGUUUUCCCAGCGUUUCAAGCUAUACCCUUACUCUUAAAAAUCCAGAAACAAUCCCUCAAGCGUUACUAGUGCUGCUGCAGUACAAAUAUUUUGGUCAGAUGCUCUGGUCACUUACUGGCUAAUGUGCAUGAUGAAUAAUUUCUGUUCCCCACUUUCACAUCUCAGCGCUUAGGCCACUUUAGAAACUGUUAUUAAAUGUUUUAUUGAGUCCAUCAAAGGAUGAAGUCCACAGAUACUUAUUUAGCUUUUUAAAAGGGUAUGAUGUUGUUUUGCUUAGUGAUGUGCCUAGAUCAGAAGUAGCUUGUUUUUUUCCCUACCAGUUUCAUCACUUCCUUUACUUGAAAUGGGAUUGGGGAAGGGAAGGAUGAGAACAGUGAGAACAGGCUCACUCCCAAGAAGGCCCCCUCCUCCCCCAGUUGCACAGUUAUCAAGUUGCUGACCCUGGGCUCCUGCUGUGCCCUGGUAGCAGCCACAAUUUGCUGCUAUUUCGUCAGAGAAAUAAGCAUCUGUACACAGCCUAGGUGAACUAUUUUUUAUACUGAUAAAAUGCAAAUGAACUGCUGCUAUUUGUCUUUCAUGUAAUGUUACCAAGUUUAUUAUAAACUGAAGAUACGUUUCUUUAGUUUGGAAAACUGCCAAAUUAUAACUUCUGAAUGUUCUUUUAUGUAAAUAUUUUGUGAAUUUCAAGUAAGUCUAAAACUGUGACACCAUCAGCAUUUCCAAACAAAUCCAUUCGCUCAUAUUAGAUAUCUAAUUAAGCUGAUUUUACAUCUGUAUAUUUUGUAUUGUUUUGUUAAACAUUUGUUUUGUUGGAAGUAUUCCUCAUGAGACAAUACUACAUUAGAAAGCUAUAGCCAAAGGUAAUACUUUGAUGCAGUGACUCUUCCUUUUUUUGCUUUCUAUAGCACUGAUCUAAUCUGAACUAUAAACUUGAAUUUAUUUUCCCUGCACUUUAACAGUGCAAUGGUAUGCAUAGUUACUCCAGUUUAAGUUCAUUAGCUUCAAUAGGCUUGGGCUGGAGUAACUCUGAAUGGGAUUGCACUGCAAGUAAUGCAACCUUGAGUACUUAAUCAUUUUACAUACAUUUACAUUUUAAAUUCACUUAUCUGUACAUAAGAAGUAUAAUUUAACAAACUGUAAACAAAUAGCUGUGCAUCCUCUGAUACACAGAGAGAUUUCUUGCAGACAGGGAUUUCCCUGCUCCACUUUAAUAAAGGUAACAGAUUUAUCUGACAGAUAUGCACUCAUAUAGCUGCUGCCCUCGGUGAAUAUAAAGGCAAAACAGUUAUCCAUGGGAAAGCUCCAGGCCAAGAAGAAAUUACUCAAGGCUGAGAACGGAUUAUUCAAUCAGGACAAUUCAGUUUAAGCACUCUAAAUAAUUUUUCUGCAUUUUUAUUUUUUUUAAUUAAUGAAAUUCUUCCGGAUUUGUUUAACAAUUAUACAAACUGCAUUUUAGUCUACAAUAAAGUACUGUUUAGUCCUACAGAGUUCAGUGAGAGUAAAUUAUAAGUAUCUGUGGCUGAAUACAACCAGAGUGAUAAAAUAUCGUACCAUAUAUAAUUCCCUAAGCAGCAACCAAUCGCCACCUUCCAAAGGCGAACUUGCCCAUUGGUGGGACGUCAGUCCCUUGCCCAACUUCCCCUGACCCAGCAGCAAGCCCACUCUCUCCACCCGCAACAACCCUCCAAUUUCCCCACCACCCUCCCACCACCCCCAGGAGCCACCCCACCUGCCCAGUAGUGGCAGCAUAGAGCAACGGCAGAACACGCAGCCACUGCCGUCUGUGGGAGAAUGCUGGUGGCCCGGCAACCCCUGCCCCCCUUCCUUGAUUCUCGGAAAGGUUAGUUGUUGUUUAUUUGCAAGGGCAGCAGCAAUGGGCAACAAGUGAGAGGGUCAGAAGCCGAGCAACGGGGGCCACUGGGAUGGGGAGGGCAUGGUGAAAGGCAGUGGCAGGGGAAGAUACUUCCUUGCCCCCCCUUUCCUUGAACCCAUGAAAUGGGUUUUGCCACUAGUUUAUACAUAAUACUCCAAGAAUAUAGUUUAUAGGUAAAGUAUGACUUUUAAUUUCAAUAAAAGCUGUGUUAUGAAAGAAAAUGUCUGUAUGGUACAUUUUAAAAAAAUUUCAAGAUAAAUACUGAUAAAUACAUUUUGAUUUAACUGAAAAAAAAACUUGGCAGUAUCUAGCCUGAAGCAGCCCUUGUUACUGAAUUCAAAUAACUGUUCUAAGGGGACAGUAAAAUAUUAUUUACAUACAAACCAUAUAAAAUAUAAAACCUUUUAGAAUAAUUGCAGUUUGUUGAGUGAUAUUUACAUAGCUUUUUUUUUAAUGAGCUGUUCAGCAUUAUAAAGAAAAUUUCCACAAUUAACAUUUCAUGAGUUAUUGUGAAUUUUAAACUUUGUUUCUAUAUUUUGAAUCUCUGGUUUUUACAUAUUUUGCAUCCACUGAUUGUUCUGAAUUUUUUAAAUGCAUGUUUUUGUUGCUGGUGAAGCAUUCUAUUACUACUCUGCGUAUGUCAUAACUUCAUUUGCAGGCUUGUUUGAGGGAAAAAGCCCAUUAUUUGCUGUGUGAAUGCACAGCUGCACUUUUAUCUUGAGUUCGGGAUAAUAUCUGUACAUUUUGUGAAUUUUAUUUUCCUAUGAAUGUUAGUAAUCUAACUGCCAAACACACACACAUACAUACACACACACACACAUCCUGUGAAUGAAUUUAUAGAUAGGGAAAGGGAAACAAACUCUACUACAUGUGAAUUGUCUGACGUAACCACUGUUCAACAUACACUGAGAACCAAAUCUUGGAAAAUGGUUGGAUACUGUUCAUCUUGUAUUUUAUGAAAACUCUGUUUAAAGUCUACACUUAUGUAUAAUUUUUAUUUAUCCAACUAAUUUGAAAUAUGGGGUUGAUUAUAAAAAUCAAUGAUGAAUCUGAAUGACGUUAAAGAUAGUGAUUCUUUAUGUCCAUUUAAAAAAAAUUAAAGUACAAGACUGAUUUUUUAAAAGUCAUGGCAUCAUCCCUGGAAUACAAAUUGAUAAUGGCUAAUGCAAAAAUGGGAAAUUUCAGUGCUUUAACCACCCUUUUAAAACAUGUAAAUAAACUGUGUGUUACUUUAAAUUUAUACACCAUGAUUCAUAUUGGUUGGAACUAGGAAAAUCAUGCUGCUUUCUUGCCAUGCUACUGUUUCAUUGUACAAAUACCACUGGGGGAAAAAUGAAGAACAUCAGUAAAUGUUUCUAACAUUACUCAUUUGGUAAGCAUGCUUGAUAUAGAACUUCUAGCUUAUAUGUAUCUUAGUCUCUGUAUGUGUGUGUCUUUCAUACUGUUUUUUCUCAUUUCUGGUCUACUUAAUUUCAGUCUUGCGGAGCCCCACUAUGUGUUCUGAAGAUGAAACUUGGAAAUGCAUUUUAGGAUAGGGUUGCAAAUUCAUCUGUCUACAAAUAUAGUUUCAUAUGGACUCAAACCAUACCAUUACAAAUGAAAAUGUUAGAUUGCGUAGUUAUUUUAUUUAAUGUAUUUGAUCCUAAAUUAUGUCACAAACAUUAAAAUUAAGUAUGGGAUAUUUUUGUAAAUAAAAAAUACCUGUGCAACUGGUAUUUUAAAAGGAAAAAAAUGUACUAUAAUGUUUCAGAAAACAAUGUUCAUAUGUGUAUAUGAAUGUGUCAUUAUGCUGAAGGGCUCUGAUUGGGCAAAAUAAACUCUCCUGAAACAAAA